CGUGGGACUAACAUUUGGUGAGUCACUAUUUGCAGAACUUCUUCGAAAACAGCUCUGGCCGUCGUAGGUUCGCACGCUUUGACAGCCACGAAACCUUCAUCUCGAUCAAAAGAAGCUGCCACCAACCAAAACAACAACCAAAACAAAAGCUCCUCACUUUUUCUUCCACAACUCACUCUUCCAAGUGCAAUCUACGGUACGGUAUCUGUAGCUAUCUAUCCAUUACAAUAAUUGUACAUUGACCGAUCAAGAUGGGCGCCAAGAAGCAAUCCGGGACAAAGCGCAAGGCUCAAGAUGUCAGCCAACAAGCAGAAGUAAAGACGCAUGUCGACAAGGCUCUCGCUCAAAAGGCGGUAUCGGCUCUACUCCAGUAUCAUGCCAAGCAACAAGACGCCAGCGACAAGAAUCAACUUCCAUUGGGAAACGACGAUAGACCCAUUCAUGUUCAAUUCGGAUUGGAACGAGCAUCCAAUCCCAAUUCCUUCAAACCCAUGAGAAUCAUGAUUCCAAAUCCCAUUCAUUUGCUUCAGAAUACUACUAGUGACAACACUUCUACUAGUAUGGAUGGACCGGAAGAACCCGAAGUCUGUCUCAUUGUCAAGGACAGUGCCAAAGCAUGGAUCCAAGAAAUGAGAUUUUCUCCCGAACUCGCCAAGGAAUUGAAAAUGGUCAAAAAGGUAUUGACACUGACGGAUGUUCGUCAAAAAUACGCGCGGUACCAUCAACGACGGGAAUUGCUCCAUCUCUACAAUGUAUUCAUGGCCGACGAUCGCAUCUUGCCCAUGCUGACUGCUGCGCUGGGCAAGGAUUUUGUCAAGGCCAAAAAGUUGCCACUGCCUUUGCGAGUGACACAAAAUGGAUUGCCGUUUGCCAUUCGCAACAAUUUGUCUUCCACAUUUCUUACCGUGGGUGGUGGAACAUCGGUUUCUGUCAGAGCCGGGACAACGGCCAUGCCAGAAGAAAAACUGGUCGAAAACAUUUUGGCAGUCUCCGAAGGGGCAGGCGACAAACUGCCAAGGGCGUGGGCCAAUAUUCGGACGAUUGCUAUCAAAACACCCGAAAGUACUUCCUUGCCUCUGUAUCAUUGCCUUCCUCAGGAACUGCAAGAGAUUGCAGAACAGGCAGGAAUUGACGAGAAGAAGAAGAUGGAAGAAGAGGAGGCCAAGGCGACCAAGGAAAAUGUUGCUGACAGUGCUGCCAUGAACAGCCCCUUGGUGAAAGCGCUGAAAAAGAGAAAAAAGGAGGGCAGUGCCAAAAAGGAAGCAAAGGAAGAGAAGAAGACCGACGCAGAGAGCAGCGCCAAGAAGGAGAAGGAACGGACCAUGAAGGAAAAGGAGGAUGCAAGUCCCAAGGCGGAGAAAACAGAAGGUAGCGCCAAAAAGGCAAAGAAAGAUGGUAGUGCCAAGAAUGGGCAAGAAAAACAGGAUGCAAGUCCCAAGGUGGAGAAAACAGAAGGUAGCGCCAAAAAGGCAAAGAAAGAUGGUAGUGCAAAGAAGGAAAAGAAAAACGAGGACGUAAGUCCCGAGGUGGAGAAAACACCACAAGGGAGCGCCAAAAAGGAUAAGAAAGAUGGCAGUGCCAAGAAAGAAAAGAAAAAGGACAGCCCCAAGGGAGGUAGCGCCAAAAAAGAGAAGAAAGAUAGCAGUGCCAAGAAGGAUAGAAAAAAGAAGAGAAGUCUAUCACAGUGAAGAGACAUCUAUCUGAUGACUCGAGUAUUGUAAGUGCUGCUGUAUUGAGAUGCCUAUCGUUGUUGCGUUUCAUUAUGCUGUGGGUUGAUUGAUUGAUUUGAAUGAUGAGAAUCUGCUUUACAAAAAUAAACAUUCAUGCGUGUCAUCUGACGGUUGAGUGAUCUAAACAAAAAAGCUGCUGAAACCAAAUCAAUACACCUUUUGACUGAAGCGAUGGCAUCCUUGUCUUGGACACAAUCCCUUACGACGCAAGGCUUGCACUAAUAUUUGUUUUCCGCUUCUCUUGUGCAGGCUUUUGGGGGUUACAAAUCUACUAUCUGGCACACCACACCUUUGUGCUAACGUCUUUCGUCGAACAACAGACUGACGCGAUGAGGGAGGAUUUAGUACAGUAAACAACACCUCAUAAUGUGUAAUUUUAGCUUAUGCAUUCAUUGGUACAGAAAUAUCCAACCACCAGCUAGUUGCUAGAUUCGUAUGUCUGCUAGUAAUAUUCCUCAUCGUCAUACGGUUGCUCAUAGUCUGCGUCUGAGUCCCAUUCAUCCUCGAAAUCUUCUUCUUCUUCUCUCCAAUCUUCUUCCCAAGGGUCGUCCGGAAACCCAUCGGGAACAUCCCAUUGCGAUUCGUAAUCCUUCUCUGCCUGCAGUCGGGCAGCUGCUGCUUUUGCCGCCUCGAUGGCCCGUUCACGGGCUUCUCGUAGUGCUUCCAAGGCAUCCAAAUAACGAUCAGACAUUUCUCUCAGAGUAUCUUCUUGAGUUUCAUCACCCUCAAUAGCUUCAGUCAUCUCUUCCUCCAACACAGGAUUCAUCCCUACAUCGAUGGAAAGAUCAAUUCCAAUCUCUUCCUUGGCAUGCACCAAGACAGCAGCCAAUGCAUCUGCCGCACCAUGAUCCAGGAAACAUCUACGAAGUCCCAACGAAUACUUCAAACCAGUAGAUUUUUGGUCUCCCUGUAUAUUGUCGUCGUCAUCUAGAAUGGCGUUUGCCAAGGCUUUGAUGCCACACCGAGCCUUUUCUGGGUCGAUAUCUCCACCCGUAGAAUCGUCACUCAUGCCACUUCUUUCUUCUUCCUCGUCGUCGCUCUCACCACUGUUCCCACCACCACCGAGCUCGACUCCAAAUUCCUGUAGUCCGGUCUUCAGCCCUCGUUUGAACAUUGACACGUAUGCCGCAGUUGUCGCUGUGGCCUUGCUCUUGAUAGCGCUGGCAGAAUACUUUUUGCCCUUUUUCAUCUUGCCCCGCAAGACACCCAAGGGAUUCCCACUCAAGUCAAUUUCAACAUGGGUAGAAGAUGCUGGCAUGGCUCUUUGAGAUCGCUUCAGCAUUGCCUUUCCAAAUGCCGCUGCUCCAUCGGCUAGGAUUUGACAGCUUCUCAAUCGGAUACUCUUAGUAAUUACUCCCUUUUCGACAGCUUCUGCCAAUACGAUUGCUGACUUGUCCUUGAUACCAGCAUUGCCACUCAAAUCGAGGGUUUCCACCAUGGCACUGCCGCCUAACAGUGCAUGUGCAAUCGCAGCGGCGCCCACGUCGGUUAGUUUAUUGUGGCUCAAAUCCAACUGCCGGAUGCACAUGCCAUGACAGCUCUCCAAUGCCAAGGCAAUGGCUUCGG